AUGGGAGUUUCAAGAAACAGACUAAACUUCGCUCGAGAACUUGGCUCCGGUGCAUUUGGCAAAGUAUUUUUGGCGGAUGCAAUGGGAAUUGUUGCGUUUGAUCCUCGUGGUAGCACUAAAGAAAAUCAACUAGACGUCGUUUUGGUGGACCCUUGCCGUAAAACUCUUAAAGAGGACAGUGGCGAAACGGAAUACAAAGAUCUGUUAUCGGAGUUAAAAAUUCUCAUCCAUGUUGGCGAACACAAGAAUAUCGUAAACUUAUUGGGUGCAUGUACUAAAGGUCGAGAAAGUGAGCUCUGGGUGAUCAUAGAGUAUUGUUCAAAUGGAAAUCUGCUUCAAUUUUUGAGAAAUCGCCGUGAAAUCUAUGAAACGGAAUGGAAAGGUGUUUCUAAAGAUCCAAAUAAUCAACUAACGAUGACGGACCUUGUUAUUGCUGCUUAUCAAGUUGCAAGAGGAAUGGAGUUUCUUGCUUCGAGACUAUGUAUUCACAGUUUAGCAACCAGGAAUAUAUUAGUUACUGAUAACUACGUCAUCAAAAUCGCCGAUUUUGGUCUUGCCCGUGAUGUGGGCGAAGACAGUCAAUAUAUUAAGACUUCCACCGGAUUACUACCAGUGAAAUGGAUGGCUAUUGAGGCAAUUAUUCAAAGACUCUUCACCGAAAAGAGCGAUGUUUGGUCAUUUGGUAUUGUACUGUGGGAAUUGUUCACAUUAGGUGGCACACCUUAUCCUGAUGUUCCUCCAACUGAGGUUGCAGAUUUUCUUGCCGGGCAUAGAAUGGAACCGCCUCAUGCAUGUCCCGAAGAAAUGUCGACACUUAUGAUGAAAUGUUGGCAUGUGGAUAAAGAUUGUAGGCCUACAUUUUCAGAACUUGUUAAAAUCCUCGACAAAAUUAUCGAACUUCAUACUUCAUCUGAGGUUGGUAAUUUACAUUGCCUCUUGUUUCUCGAACUUAUUGAAAUGCUUGACGAAAUUAUUGAGCUUUAUACUUCGUCAGAGGUGUGUAAUUGA